CAGCAGCACGGAGCGGCCCAGGACUCCUCCACAUCUGGUGGGGCUGCAGCCUCCCCUUCAGCCAGACGCGGCAGGGACCAUGAAUGAGUCCUAUCGCUGCCGCGCGUUCACUUGGGUGGAAGAGGGCUCCUCUGCGGUAAUGUGCGGUGUACUCUUCGGUGCGGGGCUGCUGGGCAACCUGCUGGCGCUGGUGCUGCUGGCGCGCUCCGGGUUAGGGCCCUGCCGGCCGCGGCCACUGCGCCCGCCGCCCUCGGUCUUCUACGUGCUGGUGUGUGGUUUGACCGUCACCGACUUGCUGGGCAAGUGUCUGGUCAGCCCGGUGGUCCUGGCUGCGUACGCGCAAAACCGGAGCCUACAGGGGCUGCUGCCUCUCCCAGGCAAUCAGUUGUGUCAAGCCUUCGCCUUCAUCAUGUCCUUCUUUGGGCUAGCCUCGACAUUACAAUUGCUGGCCAUGGCGCUGGAGUGCUGGCUGUCUCUAGGACACCCCUUCUUCUACCAAAGACACAUCACCCUGCGCCGAGGAGUACUGGUGGCGCCCGCUGUGGGUGCCUUCUGCUUGGUUUUCUGCUCGCUCCCCUUCGCCGGGUUUGGAAAGUUCGUGCAAUACUGUCCCGGCACCUGGUGCUUCAUCCAGAUGGUCCAUAAGAAUCGCUCAGUUUCCGUGGUCGGCUUCUCUGUGCUCUACUCCAGCCUCAUGGCGCUGCUGGUCCUUGCGACCGUGCUGUGCAACCUGGGCGCCAUGUACAACCUCUAUGCCAUGCACAGGCGCCUGAGGCACUACCCUCGCUGCUGUCCCAGGGACCGCGCGCAGCCAGACUCUGGCUACAGACAGGCGGCCCCGCAUCCCCUGGAGGAGAUGGACCACUUGGUGCUGCUGGCUCUCAUGACAGUGCUCUUCACCAUGUGUUCCCUGCCUUUAAUUUUCCGCGCUUACCACGGAGCCUUUAAACUUGCAGGCACAGCUGAAGGCGACUCAGAUGACCUCCAAGCCUUGCGUUUUCUAUCUGUGAUUUCAAUCGUGGACCCCUGGAUUUUCAUCAUUUUCAGGACUUCAGUAUUCAGGAUGUUGUUUCACAAGAUUUUCAUACGACCUCUGAUAUCCAGGAACUGGCACGGCAAUUCCUGCCAAACCAGUAAGGAGUCUGCUCUAUGA